AUGUCUGACGGUGAACAACAUGAUGCAUCCGACUCCGAGGUUAAUGGUGAAGGAUCAGUUGAAAAACAAUCUGCUCCGUUUACUGACGAACAGAUGCAAAUGGAGAUUAAAUGCAAGACAAGCGAUGGAGGGGUGAUCAAUGUUCGUUUGUCUCAUCUUCUUCAGAGCAGCGUCUUCAAGAACAUGUGGAAGGAUUUGGACAUGUCGCCUAAGGAUAUGGAAGAAUUCGAAUUCAAGGUUAACGUCGAGACCAAUAUCUUCUCUAAAGUCGUUGAGUGGAUGGGAGAGCAUAUUGGUAAGGAGGAUCCUAAAAUUGAAGAUGAUCCGGCUACUCGUCAGCGUAAACCACUUACUUUUUCCGAGUAUGAAACGGAUUUCUUUAAGGUCGGCGUUGAGGAGAUCGCUAACUUGAUUAAGGCCGCUAACUAUCUGGACAUCAAAUCUUUGUACUAUUCUGGUUGCCAGGCUAUGGCUAAUGUUAUUGGCAAUAAGACACCGGAAGAGCUUAGAGAACUCUUUGGACUUGAGGAUGACUUGACUGAAGAUGAGAAGGCCGACAUCCGCCGUAGGAACAUGUGGUGUAACUAUUAAAGAAGAGUGAAAGAAGGAAUAUUUUGUAGAAACAAUUGAAUGAUCUUGGCGCCUUCUAUGACUUUUUUUGUCGU